GAAAGUUGGACUGUUGCCGUAGCUUUCGGCCAUCUUGAAAAUGUUCAAACAAGGAGCUUCGACAAGGCCUUGGUUCAAACAAGACUUUUUGCACACCUGACAUAUCUGGCUACUGUGUGAGGUGUUUCCAUGCACCUGACAUCAAACACUGACACCUGUAUGAGUCAUCAUGGCUGAGGGAAGACAGGGAGGACAGGCAGGUGCUGAGAGAUGGGUAAUCUUGUUGAUCAAUGACGAGUAUGGGACUUCCAAGGGGGGAGUUUCUACCAUCAACCUUGAGGCGGUUCAAACCCUGAAGGGCAAGGUAGUGAAGGACAAGGCAGUCGUGUACGCCACAGCCCUGCGUGUGCCCAAACAAGACCAGGAGGCAGCAGACAGAGACGGCGUCACACUGAUCACACCCUAUCAGUCAGAAGGGGACAAGAGAGAGCCAUCCCUAGACUGGCUAACCCUUGAAUUCAAGAGCCACUUCCCAAAAUCAACGCUAUCAUCACAUGAAUACCAGGUAAGCCGCGAUCCAAAAUCGGUGCUACCACCACAUGUUGACGUCAUCAUCGGCCAUGCUGACGUCACAGACACGGCAGCGCGAAACAUCCACGAUGAGUACUACAAGGAGGCAGACCUCAUCAUGUUCACUCACGUCUUACCCGAGGACACUGAGUACUUCAAGGGAGGUCAGAGGGCCAUGGAAGCUUCAGAGAAAGAGGAUGCCAUGCUCAGUCAAGUUCACAACGCAAAGGCAGCUUUCUCUGUGGGACACCGGAUCUUUAAGCAUUUUAAGAAUAAGUACAGAGGAGACAAGAAACCAAGAGACCACCAACUGUUCUUCCCAAGGCCAUCCAAGGUAUUUGAAGAGGUCAACAUCCAACCUGACAGCGGGGAAGGUGAGUUGGUGGUCCUGUCUAUCGGGAGAGUGAAGAAUGCUGAGAAUCUGAAAGGUUACAACCUUAUAGCAAGGGCCAUUGGGAUUGUCAGGAAGUAUCUGGAGUCUCUGCGAUGGAUCACGCGCGGAAUCAGCAAGGAUGCUUGGGAGAAGAGCAUGAAGAUCCUGGAGGCCAACCUGAACAGCGGUGACCUGAAGCCCACCCUGCGGCCGUACGGGACCCAGGAGGACAUCAGGAACGACAUGAAGACGGCCCACCUGGUCCUGAUGCCGUCCCGCUCCGAGCCGUUUGGGCUGGUUGGUCUGGAGGCCAUCGCAGCAGGCAUCCCCGUCCUCAUCUCCGACAAGUCAGGGCUGGCGGAUAUGAUCAAGAGACUUGUCGCCGAGAAGAAGUUGCCACCAGGUCUCAACAAUAGAAUCGUGGAGACCAGUAUGCGAGACAGCGACAUGGACAAAACUGCUGAAAAGUGGGCUGACAAAAUCCGUGACACUUUGACCGACACUGACAGAGCAUUCAGAGAUGCAAAGGAGUUCAAAGAUGCGCUUCUGAAGUCCAAGUACUGGGAGGACUCUGAGAGAGAGUUCCUGCAAGCCUGCAGUAUCAUAGAGAUCACUCUUAAAGAUGUGGAUAAGGCAGCAGCAGAGUACAAAGCAGCAGUAGAAGAUGUCAUCUCUAAGAUAAGCCAGCAAGUGGACAACCUGGACAGGGAACGCAAAGCAACUGCAGAGAACUGUAAGCAGGUAGAGAAAGAAGUCAAGCAGCACUACGAAGAGUUGAUCUCCAAACUUGAGAAGGAGAAACAGGAGAUGAUCAGCAAGAUACAGGAGAUCAAGAAAGAGAGGGAAGAGGAACUGACUCGGGAGAAAGAAAAACUGGAGACAGAACUGAAAAAGAGCAAGGAAGAGGAAAUCUUCUUUGAGCAGAUUUCAGACCGUAAAGAUGACACAGAAGCUGCUUUGAGAGAAUUAAAAGAAAAGCUCCAACAAGUGGAAGAAAAGGUAGAGAAGCUGUCCAUGCAGGAAACAGGCAUCAUCAGUUUGGUAGGUCAACCAAAAGUGACCUUGAAGCAACUCCAAUCCGAGGUUCCUGGAGGUUCAGUGUUUCCUCAGGAAAAAAAGCAGAAAUCUCUGAGGGAAGAGGAUAAACCUCCAGGGGAAGAUGAUAAACCUCCAGGGGAAGAGGAUAAACCUCCGGGGGAAGAGGAUAAACCUCCGGGGGAAGAGGAUAAACCUCCGGGGGAAGAGGGUAAACCUCCAGGGGAAGAGGAUAAACCUCCAGGGGAAGAGCAGAAACCUCCGGGGGAAGAGGAGAAACCUCCGGGGGAAGAAGAGAAACCUCCAGGGGAAGAGGAGAAACCUCCGGGGGAAGAGGAGAAACCUCCGGGGGAAGAAGAGAAACCUCCAGGGGAAGAGGAGAAACCUCCGGGGGAAGAGGAGAAACCUCCGGGGGAAGAGGAGAAACCUCCAAAGUUCUCAUCAGGUUCCUUGUCAGAGUCAGUUAGGUUCACUAUUGAUGUAGAGGAGCCGACAGUAGAGAGUCUUCCCUGCUUUGUUACAGUCACCACCAACAAUGCAGAUCUAACAGGUGGGAAAGUUGCACCACAGAUAGAAGUGACCUCCCCCCAGGGCAAAACCACCCUCAUACAAACAACAGCACACACUAGUCCCCCACUAGCUGCAGGGAAGGGACAAACCAGCAGAGUUAGCAGGGUCUGGGGUGCAGAGUGGAGACCUCAGCAGUCAGGCAAACACACACUGGGGGUCUGUAUGGGGGGUAUGGAGGAUCUUUGUUCUCUCACUAUAGAUGUGAGCUGUAACAAUCCUGUAGUGAGGCUUGGGGAGUGGGGGAAUCAGCAGGGGCAGUUUCGCCGUCCUAUAGAUGUAGCAGUCAGGGGGGACAGGCUGUAUGUGACUGAUUGUUUGAACGAUCGUGUUCAGGUGUUUGAUCUGAGUGGAAAGUUUUGUCACUCAUUUCCUACAGUGACUGACUAUCCUAAAGGACUUGCAGUUCAGACUGAUGGCACCAUAGUGGUGAACUCUGAGGAGGAAGUGAAGAAAUUUUCCCCAUCAGGAGAACUGCUGCACAAAUUCCCUCUGCAUCUGGGUGAAUAUUCAGACCCCUGGGGGCUGGCAGUACAGAGGGAUGGGAGGGUUGUUGUAGCUGAUCCAGGCAAACACAGCAUCUUCCUGUUUGAGGCAGAUGGGACACUGGUGAAACAGGUGGGAGGGCAGGGGAAGGGGGAGGGGCAGUUUGAUCCACGGUUUGUCUGUGUGGAUAAAGAAGACAACAUCAUUGUGUCAGAUACAUACAACCACCGUGUUCAGGUGUUUGACAGGAAUCUGAACUACAAACACAAGUUUGGUCAGGAGGGCAGACAGCCACAGGAUAUGCGGUACCCUACAGGGGUGUCAGCUGACAGCAGGGGGAACAUAGUUCUGGCAAACAAUGGGGGUAUAACAGGUGGUGUUAAACACAGUGUGAAGCUUCAGGUGUUCCGCCCAGAUGGCACCUGGGUGUCCACCAUCAGCAGUGAUGGGGACAAACUGAACCUUCCCAAUGGGGUGGCUGUGACAGAGGAUGGACAUGUGUUUGUAGCUGAUAGUGGUGAAUAUGACGACUGUAUCAGGAAGUACAGAUACAUGUAA